CACCUCAUGUAAACGACUUGGAAUGACAUUCACUCCGAUGGAAGUAGCCACGUGAAGUGAAUAUGGUCGUAUUAACCAACUACGCCAUGUUCGGCUAUAGACGUCUCAUCGCAGCAAGUUGUUCUUGGCUGCCGCUGCAGUCAGCGCCAUCUCACAUUCCUCGCGGAUGCGGGCGAUCUGGGCUCGAUAAAACUCGCGCUCCUUGUCGUGUUGGCGCUGCAUUCGCUCGCGGCCAAGUCGGGCGAGCUCCAGUCGCAUAGCCACCUCUCGGUCCAUCUCGCGCGCCAACUCCUCCACCACCAGUGCCUGAAUGUGUCGCGCGUAGCCGUGUUUGGUCUUUUCCAGCAGCUCCGUAGUCAAACUGAGACGCUCACCUUCUGAGAGCCCACGACGCUGCAACUCGUACCGAACACCAGCGAGCGACUCGCGAAAGCACGUCUCUGCUUUCUGUUGUUGACAACAUGUAUCAGUUGCGGAAGGACGCUCUCAAGCGAGCUCCGUAGCUGCAGAACGUACCGUGACAUUGGCGAUCUGCUGGCGCUCCCAGUCAACAUCGUCGCCAAGCUCUCGUAAUGACUGCGUCUCACGAUGCACUGCUUGCGUAGGUGACCGCGAUUGCUUUGAGUUUUGCUGCACUUUAGAAGGUGGUUGUGGCGAUAUGGGUUUAUCGGGUGUAGUGGAUCUCGAUUCGGCUUUGGUUGGCACAAACAGCUCGAGCUUCUCACCUGUCUCGGCAUCAAAUACCUCGUUCAUCUUGGUAGGAUUUCAGCCAAGGAUUCAGCGUCGUGACGGAGCAGUAAAGUUGAUUUCUAUUUUGUAUUUUUAAAGCGUGAGCUGAAGAUAUUUAUGCAGCAAGCUGAAGCUGCAACCGACAUAACGUGAUAUGCCUAGUGUCUGGUCGUGUUCGACGACAAGCUCUGCACGUUGAGCUAGUGUCAAGUGAUUUAAAGCGUCAUGAAGCCCGACGAGAAGGAGGCCGAGAACAUUCGCGUCGCUGUGCGAUGUCGACCCAUGAACGAGCGCGAAAAUCGAGAGCAGUCAGUCUCCUGCUUCACUUGUGGUCCGAAUGGCACGGCUGUGCUCACAAAUAUGGACAAUCCGGCCGAAAGGCACGAAUUUGGCUUUGAUUUCGUGUACGGAUGCGACUCGAAGCAAGAGACCGUGUUUGAAGACAUUGGUGCGCCUCUGUUAGAUCGAGCUUUCGGGGGCUACAACGGUACUAUCUUUGCCUACGGACAGACUGGUAGCGGUAAGUCUUUCAGUAUGACAGGUGUGACUGGAGGCCCAGAGGCGCUGGAGGGCCUUAUUCCUCGAGUCAACCGCGCCAUCUUCGAGCGUGUUGCGAAAGAACGGGACGAACACCCCAACAAGCGCUUUCUUGUGGAAUGUUCGUUCUUUGAAAUUUACAACGAAAUUAUCUACGACUUGCUCGAUUCCAGCGGCAAUGGCAAGAAGAACAAAGGUGGAUUGGAAAUUAAGGAGCAUUCAGUCCUUGGAAUCUACGUGAAGGACCUUCAGGAGCGCGUCGUGGAAACACGGGAAGAGAUUGUGGAGCUCAUGGCACUGGGGGCACAAUCGCGGACUGUAGGCUAUACUCACAUGAAUGCUGAGAGUUCUCGCUCACACUCGAUUUUCACCAUUAAGAUCCACCAAAAAGAUGCUGACGACGAGACCAAAAGUGUGUUCGCUAAGAUCAAUCUCGUCGAUCUUGCUGGUUCUGAACGCGCGGCAUCGACGGGUGCACAGGGCGAUCGUCUUCGUGAAGGAGCCAACAUUAACAAGUCGCUCAGUGCGUUGGGCAACGUUAUCAACGCUCUCGUUGAAGCCUCUCGUGCUAGCAAGAAGGUGUUCAUUCCUUACCGUAACUCAAAGCUUACGCGUGUGCUGCAGGAGUCGCUUGGUGGCAAUAGUCUCUGCUCUAUGCUUGCUACGCUCUCGCCUGCCAGUAUCAACUUCGUUGAGACGUUGAGUACUCUUAAGUACGCUAGUCGCGCAAAGAGUAUCAAGGUGAACGCCAAGAAAAACGAGGCAUCGUCACAGAUUUCACAGCUUAACGAGGAGAUUGCGGCACUCAAGCAAAAACUUCAAGAGCAAAUGGAAGCUGGGCUUGGUCUUGACCCAAAAGAAAAGGACGAAAUUGUCAAGAAGUAUGAAAAGCAGAUUCAAGAAAUGGACCGUGUGAGGCUACAGACUUGGGAGGACAAGGCGAAGCUUUCGAAACAGCAUGAAAUGGAGCGGAAAAAACUGGCACGAGAGCGUGCGCUGGCUGACCAACGCAUUCGAGAAGAACGUACCAAGAAGUGGCGAUUGCUGGAGGAAAAGGGUGAUCUGGAGCUCAUGAUGCGUGCUCUUCGUGAUCUGGAUGGCAACAAUUCAGCUGGAACUGAUGCUGAAGCGGCUUCGGUAGCAGUACAGUGGCUCGAGACUGCUCAGAAAGUGAAGACUGUGGAGGGGGAAGCCAAAGACUUACGCACGCUAAUCCAGGUGUUCCGAGAUUCGCUCCAGAAGGACGUCGAGCUCUGGGCACGACGUUGUGGUCUAACUCAAGACAACACCAAAUCUACCAAGAACCUAUUGCCGCAGCGUCGUGAAGACUCGGCCGCCGCGUCAGCAGCGCACAUGACAGCAAGCCAGAUGGGUAGCAAGCUGCAGAAUAUUGGCGAUGAAAGUGAGAAGCUGCUAACGUUAGAGGGUCAGCUAGUAAGUGACCGAAGCGCGCUGAUUAACACGAUGACACGAGAGUUGCUGCGUUUGAAGGCGCGCCAUGCUCAGUUAAAAGCCGAACAAGUUGCCGCGACGGCUGCAGCCGCUGGAAAAACGACCCCAAAUGCUGCUCAGGCAGCAAAAGUAGCAAAGGAAGAGGAGCAGCUUCUUGAAGAGCGUGAGCGUGGUCUUACCAUUACUCUGGCGUUAGUGCGAACGCAGCGUUCGGCUCUCGUCCAGUCCAUCAAGAGCGAUCGUCAGCGGAUUUUCGAGUUUGCUACAGUCAUAAGAUAUUUUGUCAGAUUCGCGGAUCUACAUAUUGUCUCGUCGCAAGAUGCUGACGCUAAAACUUCGGAAGUCGCACAACGCUGGGAAGAGGUCAAAGCUAAGCUUCUGGCUGUGUCGAGGGCCUGGGAAGAUACUUGGAAUGCCAAGUCAGCAAAGGAUACUUGCGCUGCAGAAUAUGUAGGAGAUGGAGACGUUGCACCGCUUGGUCUGGAAUCGCGGUUGCUGCCCGAUGAGUGUUUUUCAGCCUCAUCGAAAGCUCAAGAUGCCAAGUUUGCACGAUUAAAUGGAGCGCAGUGUUGGGUCCCCGACGCUCAAGACGCAACUCCAUCAUUAGUGCUUGAUUUCGAACUUCCUCGUAUUUUUGAUUCAGUAUCUGUGCGUGGUGGUAAGAUUCAACUAGGUGGGAGCUCUGGCUCAUCAGAGACACAAGCAGCAACACUGAUUAGUGCUACAGCUCCGGCUCCAGCUUCAACGUUUGUAUUGGCGAGCACUGCUGAUCUUCAGGCAGCGAGGGCUCGAUACAAACUUGAUGAAGUGAAAGGAACGGACGACCUGACCUACGAGUUGUUGGCUCAUGUCAUAUCAUGGCAGGAUCUACUCAAGACUGACGUUAUCCCCGUAAAGCUGUUUGCUCGGCCACCGGUGCGAUUCCUGCACGAUGUGAUCUCGGCAGUCAUGAGAAAUACAGGUUUUGCGUGUGACGCAGUCUCAGCAACCCAGCGUGACUAUGCUCAGCUCCCCAGCAAGACUGAGCGAUCAGAGUAUUUGACAGCAGUUCUGGACUAUGUGCAGGCUUGGUAUCAGCGACAGCAGCAACAAAUUGAGAACGCUCCUGCUGUCAUAAUUGCUGCGACCACCUCCAAUAUCCUAGCAGGCAAGGAAUCUGCAGACACUGUUCAGUUCCUAGGAUACUUCGCGUUGGCAGCGAUGGACCAUGCGAUUCUAAACCCACCAGCGCCACCAGCAGCAACCGGCCAAGAGCAAAUCACUGCUGCUGCAACACCAGUGGAAGCAGGAUCUGAACCCAGCCCUGACACUCCUCAAGACGGAUGGGUAACCCGUCUUCGUGUCGUGACUAGUUUCACAGGUAGUGCCGAUGACUGGCGUGUCGUGGGCGAAUUCGAUGCCAACACCGAUGCCGAGGGCAUAGUCUCGAUAGCUUUAGCAGCAGGUGACACCAAGGCCGAUGGAACUAGAGCGGGCCGCUUUCUCCAGCUUACGUGUUCCAAGUGGCACCACCGUGCAGCUUUGCAGUGCGAAGUCUUCGGUCGAGAAGCACACGAGAGUAGCUCGCUCGCACAAAACAUUGAGGCUUUGGCGUCGAAAGCUCGCGCCCUGCUGAUACAGCUUCGGCAUACUGCUGUGUUGGUGCUGGAGGAGGCUCGUGCUUUGUAUGACCGUGCUAAGGCUGCAGAAAGUGAAAAGCAUGCACAGCUAGCGAGUUAUGGCGAAGAGCUAGCCAAGCUAAGAACAGCGAGUGCUGCUUGGGAGAAAAAGGAAUGUGAGAUGCAAGAGCAACAGGCACACCUUACUGCUCAGAUAGAGACUGCAAACCAGCGUGCAGAUCGUGAAAAAACUCGCGGAGAUACACUACAAGGUGAGUUGGCGGCGACUACCAGCCAAGUAGAGGAGUUUAAGCGGCGAAGAGAUGCUCUACAAACGCAGCUAAGUGAAAAGGAGCAUCAGAUACAGACGCUGUCAAUGCAAGCUGGGGAGCAGAAGCGUGCUCAUGUGGCACUGCAGCAGACAAAGCAGCAACUUGAGGAGUUAGCGGCUAAUUUGCGCUCUCAAUUGACCGACAAGAAACAGGAGCAGGAUGCUAGUCAACAAGAAGGACAGUCGCGUAUUGCAGAACUUACUGGAGAACUCAUGUCUGUACGUGUGCAGCUGGAUGAACAGCGUCGCGCACUAGAGACAGCUGAACUUCAGGCCAAGGAGCAAGAAACAUUCGGACAGCAACAGUAUUCUCUGCUGCAACAGACGCGUGCUGCGUUAAUUGAAAAAGAGGCUGAAGCCGAUGCAAAGCUGAAGGCUCGGGCAUCGGAGAACGAGGCUGUACUUCGAGAUCUUCAUGACGAGCGUGACCGUGUGAAACAAGAGCUUGAACGCGCGCUGGCGGCUGAAAAUCUGCUUAAAGCGGCUGCUGGCCGACUAGAGGCUCAAUGUGCAGCAGCAGGAGCUGAGUUAGACACCUGGCGACGACGAGCGGAGGCAGCGGAGGCUGAAGUACAAGCCCAGUCUCAGGCAACUAGCGCUACUGACACAGGCGCCAAUACUAGCGGUGGUAAUCCUGAGUCAGAAGCAGCAGCACGGGAGAACGAGAGGCAUUUACUUGAGGCACAGACAAAAGAACUCCGUCGGCUUGCUGAACUGGAGAAGAUGGAGGCAAAGGUGCGGAGUCUAGAAAAAGAACUUGCUGUAAGUGAAGAGAAGGCCCGCCAAGCAGAACAGGCACUGCUCGAGUCUGCCAAGAGGAUGAAGGAACUUGAAGAGACAGAGGAGGAGCUGCAGCUUCAAUUACAGGUGGUCACGGAUGAACGCGACUCCGCUCGACAGAAGGAAGAGCAGCUCUUUGCGGAGACGAACGAGAAGGAUCAGGAAAUCGAGCGCAUUCGGGAUGGCUACGGUAAGAGAUGUUUGAGGUUGCCUACACCCUGUGUCAUUGGCUUACUCUCUUUCCUUUGCUGUUAGUGUGGGUGACGGACCGGAUGAACUCAAAAGAAGACGAGCUAAACGAGCUACAAGAGCAGUUGGAGCGCUAUCAAUCUCUGUUAGAGAUGACUGGUGCUAAAGCCAGUGCUAAUAUACCUCCUGCUAAGCCCAAGGAGGACAAAUGGGGAGCUGAAAUUGCCAAGCUCUAUGGGCUAGCCAUCGGCGCAACGGAUGCGACAGCAGGAAGCGAUACAAUGAUCGCCAAAUUAGCAAAGUGGAUAGAGGAGAUGAAAAUGCCUACAAAAGCUGCACCGAAACACGAGACACCAUCACAGCAACUAGACAGCAAGUCUGAAAAACCUGCAACAAUUGAAGUUGUGGCAAAGACUAAUGGCCCCAUUGGUGAGGAAGAGACUGACUACGAUGAUGAUUUCGACGACGCUGAUGAAAAGGAUGAAACCCGUAAGGCUCGACGAAAAUGAGAAAUACCUAGACAAUAAAUUCACAACGGCAUUCAUCGGAUCAAUUGCCUCGCGUUCUUAUCCAGAAGUGUUUUAAAAGUCUUGACUCGUUAGC